UUCCCCUGACCCCGGCACCGCGUUGGAGGAAGAGCUUGGUGUCUUCAUGAGGUUUGGUCGAAUUAUUAUCGCAAAUGAGUCGAAAUUAUGGACGAAAUGGCGUUUCUAAGAUGAAGGCCAGCUAGUGUCACCAUGACGACCACGGACAGAGGCAAGGUGGUUGAUCAGGGGGAGCAAGGGGGAGGCUGUGGGAAUGCCAGCAACACCCCCCCCUCGUCAACUGCCUCCUCCAACUCCAACUCGAAUUCUUCUACAAAUUCCAUCCCGCCGAGCGGAGUCCUGGUGCCGGGGGGACCAAAGGGACCAGAUGGCACAGUCAUUGAGGAGGUUAUGACUGCAGUUGUUGGUAAAAAGCAGCCAGUGAGAGGACAAGCAUUCCGAGCACCUAAUGGAGAAUAUGUUUCCUACCUCUGUACAGAUGAUACAACUUUGUAUCGUCCAGGAGAAUCUGUAUAUAUAGAGAGCCAGAGAGCUGAUCAACCAUUUUUCAUCUGCUCAAUUCAAGAGUUUCGUAGGGUGAGUGAGCCUGAAAGUAAAAGAGACACUUUAAUGGUUAACAUUAAGUGGUUCUACAGACCCUCAGAAGUGCCAGAAACAGUAUACCAACGGCUUGUCCAGGAUCGCAACACGGAGAACAAUAACAAAUCUUUAGUUACGGAUGAUCCUGUAAUUAAGUCCCGGGAGCUCUUCAUCUCUGACGCCACAGAUUCGUAUCCCGUCUCUGUUUUAAGAGGGCUAUGUCGUGUGGAUCACUACUCUGACAUACAUUCCGUGAGAGACUUCAACCCGGAGGAGAAUGCCUUUUUUUAUAUAUUAGGGUAUAAUCCAGAGACAAGAAGACUGGCAUCUACACAGGGAGAAAUCCGUGUGGGUCCUUCGCAUCAAGCUAAGCUUCCUGAAUAUAGGGGGAAUGUGAUGGUGGAAGAAAGGCCAGAGGUAUGUGCUGAUUGGGAGGAGCAGCGUUGGGUACCAGGAGCCUCUCCAGACACAGACCUCCUGAUGUACUUGAGAGCUGCGAGGUCCAUGGCUGCCUUUGCUGGUCUCUGCGAUGGAGGCUCAACCAAUGAUGGCUGCAAUGCAGCAUCGCGAGAUGACACUACUAUCAAUGCCCUAGAAAUGCUCCACAACAGUGACUAUGACCACGGUAAAGCACUCCAAGCACUUGUCAAGUGCCCUGUCCCAGAUGGCAUUGAAAAGAAAUGGUCAGAAGAAGACAGAAAACGAUUUAUGAAGGGUCUUAGACAAUAUGGCAAAAAUUUCUUCAGAAUACGGAAAGACUUACUGCCUCACAAAGAAACUAGUGAUCUCGUAUCCUUUUACUACUUGUGGAAAAAGACACCAGCUGCAGCUGGACACAGGCCACAUCGCCGGCACAGAAGGCAGAAUGUGCUGAGAAGAAUUAGAACUCCUCGUGCUCAGCGAAACACAGGUCCUAGUGACCCCCUUGAUCCUUCAUCUGCCUCGGAAAAGGAUGAUGACUCUGAUGAUUCAGACUCAAAAGAUCGUCAGGGAUACCAUUGCAGACACUGCUACACUACCUCAUCACGUGACUGGCACCAUGCAGGGAAGGAUAAGCAGCUGCUGUGUUAUGAGUGUCGCAUCCACUUCAAGCGGUAUGGGGACCUACCAGUCAUCACCAAUCCUCGUGAGCCACCUCCAGGAACUGGCCGCCCGCCCCCAACUCCAAAUGAAGAAGACCUGCGGAUGCGCACCCGAACGAGAGCCAAAGAAAUUAGCACCAGACACCGAGCAGUGCGACGAUCGAGAGCAAAUACCCCAGACAUGACAGAUGAGUGCCCAACACCUGACCGGAGAACUCCUGACAGAAGGACCCCUGACAGGAGGACAUCUCGGCACUCAGCCUCACCAGCCCCAAAGAAGGGCGAGGACAAGAAUGGGCGAAGGAUCAAACGCACAAGAGGCUCGGAUGAUGCUUCGGGUCCUUCCACACCAAAUAAAAGAAAAAGGAAUGGGGGUGAUAUAUCUGGCCUUAGUUCUGAGGAGAGUUCAGAUGAAGGAGAUGGUGCAAGUGGAGAGCCCAGUUCCCCCUCUCCUGCCACACCAUCUACACCAACACCCCAGCUGCAUCCAGUGUCCACUCCACAACCUCCAGCAACACUGGCAUCUGCUCCACCACCAGUUACAGCAACAAACUCAGCUGUGGUGACCACCUCUACUACAACCACCCCAACCACCACCACCACAUUGCCUCCAUCUCCUCCACCUGAAGCACAAUCUCAUGUUAUACCAGUUUCACCAUCACCUUCACCAUCACCUUCACCAUCGCCAUCACCCUCACCGGCACCACCCCCUAAGGCAAGACCAGUCAUGCCUCCUUCAACAAUAAGACCUGUUUUACCAGGCUCGCCUGCUGCAUCGAGUGUAUCAGUAGCUGUAACAUGUGGAGUAUCAACUCCUUCUCAGGUUCAACCACCUCGGGGUUCAGUGGUCCAGGCUGCUCUUGUACCGACGUCUGUGCCCAGAGUGUCUCCGAGCAAUCUAGUGCCUCCCCCAGCCCAUAGUGGCCCAUCAGUACAAGCACAAAUCAUUGGUCGUCUACCAAACCCAGCUUCACCCACGCAGGCUCCUCCUGUAGUUACUCACAUUAAGCCUCCCAUCAUAUCCUCUCCUCCAAGUAUCACCACUGUUAGCAGCCUUAUAAACCCAGCUCCUAGCAGGCCUGUCAUCACAACCACCAGGGUUCCUCCUGUGUCUCAGCUCAUGUCUCCUGGUGUGAGUCGGCCUUCCUCACUCACAGUGGUGGCACCUGUUGCAUCUGUUGGUCUGGCUACAACAGCAGUUGCAACCACAACUGUCACAAGUGCUGUGCGGCCUAUCAAUACUGUACCUGUGGAUGAGCGUGGGUCGGUAGUGAGGGCACCAGUGAGCGUGCCUCAUAGUGUUCUUGCAUCAGUGCCUCCUGGAACACCACCAUCUGCACAAGAAAAAAUGGUCAAAGUCAAAUCAGAAGCUGAGAUUGUGAGAUAUCCACCUGGUAUUCAUCCAGCCAUGAGACCUUCUAUACAUAGUUAUACUCAGCCAGGUCCUACAAACCUUCCAUUGAGCCAGGGACCCAGUAACACCACACCUGUGGCAAGAGUGAGUCCCGCCCCAGCAAUAUACUCAGUGGGAGUGUCAGGUACGCCACCAACAAAUAUUCCGCCAGUGCAGACCAGGUCUCCUAUACCAUCUGGUCCUGGUAUACCACAGUAUCCUCCAGGUCCAAUUAUAAAAUCAGAACAUAUAAAACGUGAGCCAGAACAAGUUCCAAGACCAGAGAAACCUAAAUAUGAACAACCGCCUAUAUCGGCUCUAUCAAGUGGGCCAAAAUUAGAGUUAGGGAAAGUUGAACCAAAGCAAGAAGUUAAAUCUGAAAGAGGAGAUAGGCCAGAAAUUAUAGCAGAGGUCAAAUCUGAACCAAGGCCAGACAUUAAACCACCUGCAACAGCUGGAAUACCUGGUAUUCCUCCUGCUGCAGCUCUUGCAUCUUUGCCUCCAAAUUUAGCUAUUCCAGGAUAUGCUUACCCUUAUGCUCCAUUUGGCUAUCCAAUCCCUAUGCAGCUCCCCUAUGGAGGACAGCCUACACGCCCCUUAACUCAACGAUCUCAGUCACCUUUACAGCGGCCAAGUAGCACUGGACCGCCUGCCCCAACUACAGUAACAAAUCCAAGUAGGCUUUCUCCUAACCCAAUACCCCUUACCACUGGGUCUUCCACAAUAACUACCACCUCAACCACUACCAAACCUUCACCGACCCUUGGUGUGCAUCCUCCUCCUCCCCCUCCACCUCAUCUUGGACCACCAGUAUACCCUAGUCGCACUGGAGGUCUUCCUCCACACAUUUCUUCUCCCAGCAAGCUGCCAUCUAGUCAGCCAUCAAUUGUGCCUGCUGGUAUAAGACCAAGUGUGCCUGCUGUUGGUUUGCCUGGAAUGUCCCCAGGACUAGUACCAGGUAUGUCUCAGGGCAUGUCUCAAAGCAUGGCACACAGAAUGUCACCAGGUAUGGUUCCAGUGACAUCAGGAGGGCCUCCACCUCUACCAACACCCCCUGCGGCGCACACAGGGCCUGUGGUCAAACCCCCCACCAUGCCAACCAAUUUGGCUCCUGUGCCUGGCCCAUCCCCCAGCCAACCACCCACUACCCAGGCACUUCCUGCUACGGUACAACCCAGCCAUCCAGUAUACACUGGGGGCCCACCACCCUCAAUAGGCUCAAGUGGUGCAAUCCAUGAUGGAGAUGAGCAAGAUGAUGAAGAUGAGGCUCCUCAACACAGGGAACCCUCGCCAGAGCCUAAGAUUGAGGAUUCAGAGUUCCAUCGGUCUGAAAGUGCUAUCUUCUUGCGGCACUGGAAUCGAGGGGAUUAUAACUCGUGUACUCGCACGGAUCUCACCUUCAAGCCUGUUCCUAACAGCCAGUUAGCACGAAAGCGUGAGGAAAGAUUAAGAAAACAAGCAGAAAAAGAGAAAGAGGAGAGGGAAAGACUACAGAGGAAAGCCAGUACACCAGACAAACGAGAAACCCCCAAACCCACAAGCUCAGGAGAGAGCAGCUCCAUCUACGGGAGUAUGCAGCCGAGAAACCCUGUCGAUACGCCCGCAUUGAACAGACUAAGCGAUUAUGCUCGUCCACAUGCUGGGCUUUCCCCUGGUGCUGUGCGACCACCUGCAAUAGGGCUACCUCCUGCAAUGCCUGGUGCUCCUCCACCUGGUCUGGAUCUGCUGCAUUUUGGCAGCAUGGCAGCAUUGUAUCCCCCUGGUUCACAGGAGAGAAUGGAGCUUGAAGCAAGAGAGCGAGAACUAAGAGAACUGAGAGAGAGAGAGAUCUCAGAUCGCAUCAAGCAAGAGAUCAUGAAGAGACCAAUGAACCCACUUGAUGCAGGCCAUCCUCACAGUUUGUCCCCACACUGGAUAAGUGCCAGUCGGUUCCCAGGCUUCAGCCCCCCAGUGUCCCUGCCCUCAGGAUUUCCUCAUGGGCAUGGACUGUAUGCUCCAAGCCCUUCAGCAUCAUCUGCAGCUCUCCUUGCAGUUUCUGAGAGGGAUAGGCUGGAACGUCUUGGGUUACCAGCCACGACUCUGGGCCUGCCUGCUGCCGCUACUCCUUCGGACAACCCGCUGUCUGUGUCCACUGCUGAGAGGCUAGCCCUGGCCGACCAUAUGCACCGGAUGCAGUUGAUCAGCGAGGUUCAUGCCCAUACUCACUCCCAUGCCCACACUCACCUCCACCUUCACCCAGGAGAUAUCAGCAGCUCACGCCCAUGAGCAACUGCAGAGACAAAUGCUUCUGGAUCGGGAGCGCUUCCCACACCUUAAUCCUGGAGGACCCUUUAGGCCUGAGUAUGGCCGGCCAUGAACAGCAGAACCUGACAGCCUCAUGUGUUAGGGCCAGGCUUGACAGUUCGAGGAAUUUUGAUAUCACUCUUGCUGUUGUGAGGUCUUGCGUGACAUGCACUCCACACACUCACAUAGUCACACAUUCACACACUCACUCUCACUCACAUACACACUCUCCCUCUCCCCCUGUUUCUGUCUCUCUCUCUCUCUCUGCUCUGCUCUGCUCUCCUCUCUCCUCUCCUCUCCUCUCCUCUCCUCUCCUCUCCUCUCCUCUCCUCUCCUCUCCUCUCCUCUCUCCCCCCACCCCCCCUGCACCUUCCUUUUCCCCUCAGCUCUCUGUCCUGUCUCCUGUUAAUUUUGUCACGCAGGUCCAGGCCUUUUACUUUGACGGGUGUACCAUAAAGCAUGUUGCAGAAAUGCAAAUAUAGGUUUGCAAUAAAGUAUUAUUUGUUGAUCUUAUCUCGUGAGGGAGUUAAGAGAAAGCAAAAACAAUGGCAACCAUUUCUAAGAGUUCUAGAGUGUGUUAGAGUUGGGGAGCCUUAUCAGUGCAGGCUGAUGAUCAGUUGUUUUAAAAGACAGUAAUUUAUAGGUAGGAUUGGUUACAGGACUGUAUUUGAGUGUAAAGUGCAAUGGACAUAGUUACAUAUUACAGUGGGGAAUGACUUGUCAUAAUUCCAUCACACUUACUUUAGGUAUUUAUCUUUUUUUUUCUGUUUCAUAGUUCAGCAUAGUUUGUAUCUCUUGAACCAUUCUGUUUUCAUCUAGAUUCAAAUAACGUCUCAAUAAGUUCUUUUGUAUCGAAUUGCCCCCCCUCUUUUGAAAAUAUUUAUGUUGUACAGUAUUUUGUAGCAUAUGUUGAUAUCCUUCCUGGUAUUGUGAAUGAUGAGUGACUUUGAAUAAAACGUGCAAGGUGAUAAAGAUAGUAAACAUUAUUCUUUUGAAGCUUCUAUGAAUAACACACAGUAAGCUUGUAGUUCUUAACUGGAAUCCACAAAUCAACAUACUUUUGUCUAUGAAGUCUCCAAAGGUUUUUUUAACAUGUUUGCAGAUGGUCUUUGAUGUGGAAUUGUCAACGCACAGCCUUAAUCACAACUUCAUUGUUGAUUGUUCUUGAUUGUGAAAAUAGUUGCAAUUGAUAUAUCAAACAAAAAGUUCAGGAAAUAUUGUCUUUAAGUGGUGCCUUUCUUCUUUUUCUUCUUCUUCAUCUUUGUCUUCAUCUUCGUCUUUGUCUUCUUCGACUUCUUUGUCUUCUUCUUCUUCUUCAAAGAUACAUGUAUGCAGGAGAUUGAAUGCUUAUUACGGUAGGCAAGUAAUCCUGUUUCUAGUGAGCCUGGUACUAUACUGAAGCAAGGAAGCUAAGUGUAUUGUGCACUAACAUGUAAACUUGGAAGACAAAGAUGGUAAUCACAAUAUCUGGCUAUUGUUGUUAAGCCACAGAUGAAAAAGCAAUAAUUGUAAAUACAGGUAAUAUUCAACAUGUUUCCCGAAACCCACAAUGUUUUUGCAGUAGUAGUUUUUUUUUUUUGCAAGUGCAGUGCUCAACUUUUUACAGUUUACAAUUCACCCUGUUCAGUCUUUUCUUAUUGAUGACUAUUAUUAUGGCUUUCUCAUGUGUUACUACCAUACGUCUUUUGAAAUGGGCUUUGUUGGAUACAAUUGGCAUAGGUAAUCUAUAUUGGUGCCUUUUUUAUUUAUUAUUAUUUUUUUUUAAUACAUAAAUGGGUGACUGGAGUUAUUAUAAAUAUGGUUACUUUUAUCAUGUUUAUACUAAUUUUGUUUAUUAUUAUUGUUAGGUUUAUGGUAGUCAUUAUUUUGGUAAUAGCUGUUAUUGUACUUAUUAUUGUCAUAAUAUCAAUUUUGAUUGUAUUAUUGAUUAUUAUUGGGAAUAUUAUUUGUAAUUUUUUGCUAGAAUCUUUUAUUGAUAUAAUUACCAAAUUAUCACAUAAUUGACACCAGUGUAAUGCUCAUCACUAGAUUAGACUUCAGAAUCUCCCUGUGAAAAAUGAGAAAAUUUUGUAUACGAGGUCCUAAGAAAAAGAAAAUAACUGAAAAGGGAACAAGGGGGAUAUUAAAUUGUUUAUUUUUAAUGCCUUGAUAUCUGAAAAAAUGAAUAUGUGCUCAGCAGCAUUGCAAUCUGCAUGGUUUUGGUUUGUUGAUGUAUGUUGAUUAUUUAUAUUUUUCAUGUAUCUAUCUAUUUAUAUUUCACUCAUAAUUUGUAUAUUUGUUUGAUAAGCAAGAAAAAGUAUAAGAGGUGUGUUUAUAGUGAAAAAAAAAAAAAAAAAAAAAAACAUAAUUAGUCAGGAUUAGGGGCAUGAAGGGGGGUUGUACCCCUUUGGUACUUCAGUGAUGAGAGCAGUUGUAGCUGAAGAAAGAAAGGAAGGAAGGAAGGAAGGAAGAAAGGAAGGUUGGGCCUUGAGCCUGAGAACUGUCUGCAACUUGUGGUGCAUGGGCAAUCAACAAUGAGAACGACAUCAAGAAUAUUAUAUUACAAUUAUGGGAACUGUUUGUCUGAAUGAACUUUUCUACUUCUUAUAUCUAUUUUUUUUUUCUACAUUUGUUAUUAUUAUUUUUAUUGAUUAUUGUUAUUGAUUAUUAAUAUCAUCAUCAUCAUUAUAGUCAUUAUUAUUAUUAAAUUUCAUCAGCAUUGUUAUUAGUAUUUUAUUACUAUUUUUCUUAUGGACACUUAAUGAGUAAGAAUUUUGUAGGUACAUAUUAGUGUAGGAUAAAGGUUAGGUUUUUUAUUAUCAUUUUUACAAAAAAAAAAAAAAAGAAAAGAAAAAAAAAAUCUUUUUUAAGGACCUUUGUAGCAAGCAGCAUGUCGUGAUGAUAAGGUUGACCCUUUUAUUGAUGUUGAUCAUCAUUUUUUAAAGCACCAAUUUCUGUGACGUUGCCAGUGUGACAGGUCAAUCCGUGAUUCUGUAAAUGGAUAUUUUCAGAAUGUGUAAAUAUGAACAUGAAAUAGAUCCUAAUUGCAUGUAGAAUUAUUCAUGCUGGUGACCUCACUCAUGUGUAAAAUGGUCAGUGUUGUAUAUAUAUAAAUUACCAGUAAACACUUUCUGUGCA